AUCCCAUCUCCGAGGUCCUGCCAACCUAAUGGAGCCAACAAAGAAGCCCUGCGGUGUGAAAUCGAAGAGCUGAAACAGAAAGACCUUGCUCUAGACCAGGAAAUUGCACAGUUACUGUCCGAAGGCUACAGCCUGGAGGAACUGGAGAAGCACAUCUCCCUGCUCCAUGAGUACAACGAUAUUAAAGAUGCUGGACAGAUGCUGCUGGGCAAGCUGGGUAAGGAGGGGAAAGCUGCUGAGGAACUUCUUAGUCCGUGUUUUCAUGUAGACAGCGAGAAGCUGCUCCGCCACAAAGGCAGAGCUUGUUUUAAAGCCGUUAUCCGAGGGGUUACUACAAAGCAGCUCUACCCUGAAUACGAUCUGGAGCUUAGCGACUAG